AUGGAGAAGAAGAAUGUUGCCUACCGCCCGCUUGGAGACCUGGCGCCCUAUUACUUCAGUUGGAAUGGAACAAAGUCCAUUAUAUUUGACCCCGCGUACGUGUUUGCAAGUCCACGCCGUAAGAAUUACAACCAUUUCAUGAAAGAAGGGUGCUUGGAGGUGUACAUGAAUCCAUGGUCUAGAACCGAGUGUCAGGGGCUCGCCGACGCACUUCAUUUAAACGUUCAAGUCAAAAACGAGUGGCUGCGGAAGUACGCUCUCGUUGGGGGCAAACCAAGAAUUUGGUUUUCACCAUCCAAAACGUAUGAGUGUUUGGUGCAGCAACUGAAAGCUGAUAUUCCUCGCGACAUCGACGAUUUGAAGCGCAUGAUCCACCUUUUUAGACAGGGGGAUUUUGAUGAACGAACGAGGCAUAAUUUGUUCAGCAUUUGUCGCGAUGACGACGAUCCCAGUCGUUCCUAUUGGGUAUAUUCGUCGUUGGCGGUGGAGGCGAGGAUCUGUGCUCGGUAA